AUGUCGAUCCUUCUCCCGCUCUACGUAUAUCCCACCACCGGUGCUUGGGAUCCAUUAUACUCUGCAGCGAAAACCCACACCGACGUUGAGUUCACUGUCAUCAUCAAUCCUUGCUCCGGCCCUGGCACUGGUUCUCUUCCCGACCAGUACUAUCUAAACGAAAUCCCAAAACUGCGAACAUACGAAAACAUUCGUACACUAGGCUACGUGGCGACGAACUACACUAAAAAGGACUUGAAGGAUGUAUUGGCGGAGAUUGCAACGUAUGCAAACUGGGAAAAGGUUGCAAAUGAUACCAAGAUGAAGAUUGACGGCAUCUUUUUCGAUGAAACCCCGAGCACGUAUGAUUCGUCCAAGUAUGAGUACCUGAAGAAGGCUAGUCAAGCGGUGAAGAAUGGAACUAGGUUUCGGGAUCGAUUCGUUGUACACAACCCGGGCCUCGUUCCAACAUCUAUUCUCACAUCGAAAAACGUCCUCUCGCAGUCUUACAUGAACCUAUCCGAUAUCACCGUCGUCUUCGAAGAAACCUUCGACAAAUGGAUCAGCAAAAAUACGUUCGACGCCCUUCAGAAAACUCAAGCUAGAAGAUCUAAGACUGCCAUUAUUCUACACUCGAUGCCGGAUAUCUCAAAGACAGUCAUCGACUGGGUGGUUGAACAAGUCGAAAGCGCUGCAGACUGGGUGUUCUUGACAAAUGUAAAGACUAAGGACGAGUAUUAUCAUAGUUUUUCGGGGCUGUUUGAUGACUUAGUGAGGUCAUUAGGCUGA